AUGCCUGCAAUCCCGGCUCGUAUGCUUCGUGCCUGCGGACGAUCUCUGUACAUGACAUCCGCACCAUCAUCACUCCAUUCGACUCGGAUCCGCCUAGGCCAAAUGGCUUCCCAUCUCUCCACCACCAGCAACAAUAGCACUAUUCCGGCCGGGACAAUGUCCCUAGCAGACUUGCCGAAAUCUAACGUCUUCACCUCCAAACUGCCGGCAGACCCGGCAUUCGAGACCCCCGAGGCCUCUCACAAAGCCCCGCGCCAGACCCUGGGCCCCCGCAUGGUGAAGGGCGCUCUGUUUACCUAUGUCCGGCCGGAACUCGUCGAGGAGCCGGAGUUGCUCGGAGUGAGUCCGAGGGCGAUGGCUGAUCUGGGCCUCAAGCCUGGGGAGGAGCAGACCCCGUCUUUUCAGGCGUUGGUUGCGGGGAAUGAAUUCGCCUGGUCCGAAGAGAAGGGGGGUGUUUACCCGUGGGCGCAGUGCUAUGGUGGUUCUGGAAGGAAACUAACAGCUACCAGUGGCUCAUGGGCGGGGCAAUUGGGAGACGGUCGAGCAAUCAGUCUCUUCGAAACCACCAACCCCGAGACUAAGAAGCGAUAUGAGCUUCAAUUGAAGGGCGCCGGAAAGACGCCUUAUUCACGAUUCGCCGAUGGCAAGGCAGUUCUGCGCUCCAGCAUCCGAGAAUACAUCGUCUCCGAGGCUCUCAACGCCUUGGGUGUGCCCACUACCCGCGCACUAUCCCUCACUCUCCUACCAAAAUCACAGGUCCUCCGCGAGCGCAUCGAACCCGGCGCAAUCGUCGCCCGAUUUGCCGAGAGUUGGCUACGAAUCGGCACCUUCGAUCUCCUCCGCGUCCGCGGUGAACGAGACCUAAUCCGCCAACUCUCCACCUACAUCGCCGAAGAUGUCUUUGGCGGAUGGGAAACCCUCCCCGCCGCAAUCUCGGUCGGCGAAGGCCAAACCGCCGCCGAGAUGGACGACCCACCCCGCGGGAUUAGCCGCGACGAGAUCCAGACCCAACAAGGUGUCGACGAGAACCGGUUUGCACGACUGUAUCGGGAGAUUGUGCGGCGGAAUGCAAAGACCGUUGCUGCAUGGCAGGCGUACGGGUUUAUGAACGGCGUCCUCAAUACAGAUAAUACCUCUAUUUUCGGGUUAUCUAUGGACUACGGUCCAUUUGCGUUUAUGGACAAUUUCGACCCCCAGUACACACCCAACCACGAUGACCACAUGUUACGCUACUCAUACAAGAACCAGCCCAGCAUCAUCUGGUGGAAUCUCGUGCGACUAGGCGAGUCACUCGGCGAACUCUUAGGCGCAGGCAACAAAGUCGACGACGCAACCUUCAUCAAAGACGGUGUCAGCGAAGAAAUGGAAGCGGAACUAAUCAAGCGCGCGGAAACAAUCAUCGAACGAACGGGCGAAGAAUUCAAAACCGUCUUCCUGAACGAGUACAAGCGGUUAAUGUGCCAGCGUCUGGGACUGAAGACGCAACAGGAGUCUGAUUUCCAGAAACUCUUCUCCGAGAUGUUGGAUACGCUUGAAGCGCUGGAGUUAGAUUUCAAUCAUUUCUUCCGCCGACUGUCUGGGCUGACACUUUCCGAGCUGGAGACUGAGGAGAAGCGGGUUGCUGUCGCAUCGGUGUUCUUCCAUGCCGAGGGAUCCGGGGGGAUUGGGUAUACCGAGGAAUCGGCCCGAGCUCGAAUUGCUAAGUGGCUGGAUAGUUGGCGGACUCGUGUGCUUGAGGAUUGGGGGAGUGAUGCUGAUAGUGAGAGACAGGUUGCUAUGAAGGCUGUCAAUCCUAACUUCGUGCCUAGAGGCUGGAUUCUGGACGAAGUGAUUGAGAGGGUUGAGAAGAAGGGUGACCGGGAUAUCCUGGGACGAGUGAUGCAGAUGAGUCUGAACCCAUUCAAUGAAGAAUGGGGACUGCACAAGGCAGAGGAAGAGCGAUUCUGCGGUGAUGUACCCAAGUACAAGCGUGCCAUGAUGUGUAGCUGCAGUUCUUGA